AAAGAGUCUGUUCUGGUGUUUCGAUAUUUUAUUUAAAAUAAAAACAAACAUAAUUUUUGAUUGAAAUGUUUCAAUGAAACAUCUCGAAAUAAAUUAAUUAUCCACAUAAAAGAUAAAUUGUUUAAAUUCCACUCAAAAUGGGUAACUUAAGGAUUUUUACAUCGCUAUUAUUCGCUUUUACGUACUAUUUGUUGUGUAGCUGUAAAUUCGCGGUACAAAAUAAUCGUCAGCUCGGCGAAUCUGCGAGCUCAUUUCCUUACUCCUUAGGUACUCUAAAUCGUCGGCCACAUACUGCCUUCAAUGCGGAUCGAUUUAAUGGACCAGCGCAUCAGAAACGUUCUAAAAAAUUAGACAACUUCGUUGAAUACCCCAGCACCGAAGUGUUUGAUGCACCCCACCCCGGCUUCGAUCGAAUACCCUUCAAUGAUUACAAUCGCAUAGUUAGCGCCUUAAAAGAGAUGUUGCGUGCACGCGACGAAAAAACCAUUAUAUUGCGCCCACGGCCUGGGCGUCGUUCGGCGGGCGGUGACUUUCCGUUAUGGCACUAUUUUAUAGAUGAUGUCGACAACAUGGGUCUGGAUGCCUCUGAUACCGCCGCUAUUGUGGGCGAUUCAGUUGACGCACUGGCGGAUACUUCCCUGAAAAAGUCGGCACCAUUCAAACCGCGACUCGGAAAACGUGGCGGAAGUCGAAUAUGCGAAUGAAUUGCUGAUGGCAGUCCAUAGGCCGUCCUGUUGAGGUCGUUGCGCAGUUAGCGCGUUGCAGGUGUGCUCACAUGCAUACAUAAACAUAUACACAUAUAUACGGACAAACAUACAUACAUAGAUAUAUACGAGUUUUGUUUGUUUAUUUGUUUUGGUUUGCGUGUUGCGGUUGUGUGGUUGUGUGGUUGUGCAGCCCGAAUGGUUUGGCCAGUUUGUCAAGGCUAAAAGUGACGACCUGUGUCGGCGAAUUUUUGAUAGCUAACAAAAUUUUCUAUGCACAUAUAUUUACGCAUUUCAGUGUUGAUGAUAGAGAUACAUGCAGUUUGAAAGUCACCAUUCACCAAAAUAGUAAAAUGGCCUUUGAUAUUCGUGGAAAAAAGGAAAAUUUAAAAAUCUAUUUGUGUUUGAAAAGUAGAAAAUAUCUUUGUUAUUGUGCUAUGUUGGUGUUGUAGUGCAACUGGAAUGUUAAAAAGAUUUCUUGUUAUUGCUGUAAAAGUUAUCAAUGCUCUGGUGUCCUAAAUUUGAAAAAACCAUUCAAAACUCGAUAAUUCGUAUUGACAAAGUAGAGAAUAAUUCUAUAAUAUUGGGUUUUUUAAUUUUAAUAUUUAUUCAAAAGUGAUACAAUUAAGAAAAUGCAAACAAAAAAAAAAUAGAUAGGAAAAUAUGAUAUUUCCACAUUAAAUAAAUGUAAAAAAGUCGAAUCUAUGAAAUAUUUAUGUAUAUACAUAUUUAAAUACAU